CUCCUUCCAGAGCCCAAGGACUUACAGCUUCCUCCGCUGCCUUCCUGUGCCCACAACCCCACCCCCCUCCAAAAAGUUGUGAUGCUUUUCUUCACCCAGUGCUUUGGGGCUGUGUUAGAUCUCAUUCACCUCCGCUUUCAGCACUACAAGGCGAAACGGGUGUUCUCCGCCGCUGGGCAACUUGUCUGCGUUGUAAAUCCCACGCACAACCUGAAGUAUGUGUCCAGCCGACGGGCCGUCACCCAGAGCGCCCCGGAGCCCGGCAGCUUCCCCCCUCACCACCUCCCCCACCAUCACCGCCAUCACCGCCCCCACCACCACGUCCGCCACCACGCCCGCCCCCAUCCCCUCCACCCCCAGGAGGCAGGGCUGCACGCCACCCAGGUGACGCCCUGCAUGUGCCCCUUGUUCUCCUGCCAGUGGGAAGGCCACCUGGAGGUGGUGGUGCCCCACCUGCGGCAGAUGCACAGGGUGGACAUCCUCCAGGGAGCCGAGAUCGUCUUCCUGGCCACGGACACGCACCUCCCGGCACCGGCCGACUGGAUCAUCAUGCACGCCUGCCUCGGCCACCACUUUCUGCUGGUGCUGAGGAAACAGGAGAGGCACGCAGGGCACCCCCAGUUCUUCGCCACCAUGAUGCUGGUCGGGACCCCCACCCAGGCCGACGGCUUCACCUAUCGCCUGGAGCUCAACAGAAACCACCGGCGUCUCAAGUGGGAGGCCACUCCCCGGUCUGUCCUGGAGUGCGUGGACUCGGUGAUCACGGACGGGGACUGCCUCGUCCUCAGCACCUCACUGGCCCAGCUCUUCUCCGACAAUGGCAGCCUAGCCAUCGGCAUCGCCAUCGCCGCGGCGACGGAGGUCCGCUCCUCGGAAGCUGAGACGUGA